AUGCAGGAUGUUCCGACAUGGACGAUCACAGGCGCCCCGCGCGUAGACCUCAAGCGUGCACUAUCCAUCAUCGCAGACAUCCCCGAAUCAGUCCUGAGAGCUGAGAUUCAACGACGAGAUGUUACACGAGCCACCGAUUCUACAGAUACGCCAAAGUGCGGCUCUCAGGAGCGAGGCGCCUACAAUACUCCUUUGCAUGUUAUGGCGCUCUUCCUUAUCCUAGCCUUAAGCACACUAGCAUGCUCCUUCCCGGUCCUUGCACGUCGCUUUCCAGGCCUCCCGAUUCCGCGUCGAUUUCUCUUCAUCUCUAGGCACUUUGGAACUGGAGUUUUAAUAGCAACAGCAUUCGUACAUCUUCUCCCCACAGCUUUCGUGUCUUUGACGGAUCCAUGUCUUCCUCGAUUUUGGAGCCAGACAUACCGCGCCAUGGCUGGCUUCGUGGCCAUGAUCUCUGUAUUUGCUGUUGUGCUAGUCGAGAUGUUUUUCGCCAUGAAAGGUGCGGGCCAUGUGCAUUCCAAUGAAUAUGACACUCUCAUGGGGGACAUUGGGCGCGAUCCCGAUUCAGUGAGCGAAAUAGGACAUGGAGCCAUGGAUUACUCCCAAGUGGAGUCCCAUGGAUCUUUACGGAAUUUCCCACUGGAAGAGUUGCCCCAAAUUGAUUCAGAAGAAUUUGGCAGAGUGGCGCCUGGUAAUCGUCGUGGAUCUGAAGAUACUCAUGGGUCUAGCCUGACCAAAGAGGAUGAAGACGAAGCGGAUGGAAUUGACGGGCUUGACCCAUUCGCGGACGACAUCCCAAUCAAUCGACGGAGUCAUCACUUACAACCACGAGGACCUCACACGAGGGAAAGCCAUUCCCGACAGCCAUCGACCCAUAUACCACUACAAAAUCCGCAACGUCAGCUUCUUCAGUGUCUACUUCUAGAAGCUGGCAUUCUCUUCCACAGUAUCUUUAUUGGGAUGGCGCUCAGUGUCGCCACUGGAACCUCCUUCGUCGUCCUUCUCAUUGCAAUCAGCUUCCAUCAGACUUUUGAAGGCUUCGCGCUAGGCUCUCGAAUUGCAUCGCUUAUUCCCGAUCUUUUCUCACCAUCAUCCCCUAAGCCUUGGCUGAUGUGUCUUGCUUACGGAACCACAACGCCUCUUGGUCAAGCGAUUGGCUUAGUUCUACAUAAUUUGUACGACCCUGCAAGCACCACCGGUCUCCUUAUGGUUGGGAUCACCAACGCCAUUAGCAGCGGCCUUCUACUUUUCGCAGGCCUUGUGGAGCUCUUAGCGGAGGACUUUUUGAGCGAACCGAGCUAUGAAACUCUUAAAGGGAGAAGACGUGCAGAAGCGUGUAUAUCAGUUGCUUGUGGCGCUCUUCUGAUGGCUUUUGUCGGGGCCUUUGCUUGA